AUGUCCCCACUGCCCUCCGUACCGCCUGUCUUGCCUCACUCCACCUCCUUCCCGUCACUAAGUGCACCUCACCAAAAGCCGAUCUCACAAGAUUAUCAUCCUUAUGCCAUCCGUUCUUCAGCUUCGGCCGCACUCACAAGAUCCAACGCUUCCCCUACACAACCUUUGUCAGUUUAUCGUCAUCGACCAUGUAGGAGCAUGAGCGCUCUCUCUCAACCUAUACUACCUGAGAGUCCUAUUGGAAGUCCGGAAGCCGAUGGGGCUUGGAGGAAGGACAAAGAGUGGAAGGAGAGACAUAACAAGUUGAAAGAUGUUGAAACACCUAGUAAAACCGGGGAUAUGAGAAGGAGUCAAAGAUUUCAGAGUUUUGAGAGUUUGAAGUCUGAAGAGGUAGACAAGGGGAAAGAUCCCGAAUUACCAAUUGAUCCACGGACUUGGACACCAUCCCAUCUGGCUGCUUAUCUAGGAUGGACGCUUCGCACGGGUGGUCCGAGCGGUAACGGACAAACACUCCCACUCCGACUUGUGGAAGAUAUCAAGAGCUGGGUUUUCAGAGGUCAAAUUUCAGGACAGAUGUUUCUCAAGGGAAAUGCAGAGGAAUGGUCACAUUCUGGACGACCUCCUCCUUUCAUGCCUUUCUUACUCGCCGUCUCUCGAAGAUUACGUCGUGCCUCUCUCCGGCCCCGUCCAAUCAGUUCCAACUCUUUCUCCUUUCCCAUGCAGAACGACCAUCCAUCUGGAUCCGUCGUCUUGGAAGAAGAUGAAUUUCCAGACGCCGAGGAUGAAGAUGAUGACGGCUUGACCGGUGUGCGACGCAUGGCACAUGCUUUCGAUAACCUCAGUUCUGCGUCCGAGGCAAGUGGGGACGAAGAUAAUCUCGAGUCUCUCGGGAUACAACUUACUGGCGAGAGUACCACUGGGUAUGGUCGACGAAAAGAAUUGAAACGACAUCAUACUGGGGGAUCCAGUAAUGCAGCGUAUGACCACGCUCUGAGGAGAUUCGAAUCUCGUGAUAGCACAGGUGGUAUAGCCGACACUGAAGCUAGUCCUGUCAUCUCUCGUAAACAGCUGUCUAAAGAACCGGAAUUGUUAACGGUCGAAAGUGGAGAUGAAGAAAAAGGAGGUACUGUUAAACGUGCUCCUGACAUGUUGGCAAGCUCUUCCUCUAGUAGUCCACCACCUCCGUACGCUUCUCCCGAAUUGGACACUUCGUCUCGGACCAUGGCGGAAGCUCAAAGCGCUUUCGAAUCGAAUAAUACUCCAGAGACACGUACCACACGUUUAUCAGUGGACCCCACUCCUGAACGUCCACAAACCUCGACUCCCUCCGGAUUGGGAUUGGGAAAUAUGACUUCCCCUCUGAUUACUGUGGAAGUGCAUAUGCCUUCUGACCAAUCCCAAUCGGAGGAUCCAACAAUGUCACAUAUGGGAAAGAUGGAACAACAUUUCUCUACUGGUAUCGACCCUUAUGCGGCUUUACGUCAACCAUCAUCAUCAUCGAGUUCGAAACGUUACCCGACCAUUCGUCAUGUUCCAUCAACCCAACCUAUCGAAGACUCUCAAUCGUCAUUCGAAAUGGUCGACUCUCCAACUGAUCAUAAAGGAUCAUCACGAAGAGUGACCAUCCGUGCAUCUAAAUUAAAUGAUCUAUUCCGACCUACUGAAAGGGAAAAAGAAUUGGAGACACGUUAG